AGCUGGAAAUGUAUUUUAGACUGACCACAAGUCUUAGAUUUACUGUGAGUGAUAUAUAAAUCUAAAUAAAAAUAUGUAAAUAACAAUGUUAAAAUAAAUAUGAAUACAUUUAGUCAAUUACAGUGCAUACAUAGCAAAAAUUGGAAUAUCAAUUAAAAGGAAAUUGACAAGAUGACAUGCAAUCAUGCAGUAGAAGUGUAUUUUGCUGCCAGGGCUGAAAAUAUAUUUGAUCAAUACACAAUAUAGUAAUUAUACAAUAGUACAGGGAUAACAGUGACUAACACAUAUCAGGAGUUGGUAUUGCACAACCUAAAACUUCUUAUGUCAUUAAGUUAUCUUCAAUAUUUUUGUAAACCAAUUAUUAUUCUGUUAGGCAAAAACGGUGUCUACCGCUAAUAAAAACAACAUAUUGGGUGAGUGAAGCUCUCUAGUAGUCAAAGCCUGUAUUCUGCAAGAUUAAAGACAAAUCGUGAAAAGUUCACAUAGUAAAAAGCAGGUAACUGAGCUUUCUUUGACAGCCUCUUCUACAUGACACCGUCUGGAAACCUAUUGGUCCACAGUUAUCUUUUCCACUGGAAUACUAUGGCUUUUAAGGUAGAUUUUUUUGGGUCACCUGUUAGAGUAAAUGUAAUUCCUGUUAGUCUGUUCUGUUGUAUUUUCAUCACAUGUUAAGGUUGAACUCUGACAGUGUUUUAGCUUCAUUGAUUUCCUCAAGUCUAUGCAAAUGCCAAAGUUGGAAUAGAUCCCACUUUAUUACUGUAUGGAAUCAGCAAUAUUAAUAUGAUUCAUAUUAUAUUAGAAUAUGUCAUAUGCAUAAAUAUUCAAGGAACAUUUUAAAUUUGCAGUGUACAAUCUUAACAUGAACAGGAAUGACAUUUACGCUAACAAGUGACCAAAAAUAACUAUCCAAUAAGCCACAUCUCCAAUCCGAUAGGCUGUCACCUUUACAAUAUAUUAUUAAAAAAAGGUUCAAAAUUGAACUCCUCCCAUCACAAAAAGGUUCCAGUUUGAACUUUUACACAGGGUUUCCUCAAGGAACCUUUUUCAACUGGAAAGGUUCCGCCGGUGUGGCAACCCAAAAGGUUCUUCCAGGCAACUUUACUUCUAAGAGUGUAGAUAAAGAUAGUUAGAAUCUCUUUAUUUAAAAAAAAGAUCAUACUUUGCCCUCUAAGCUGUAGAAACAGAUAGGGACUGUAGUGAUACCAGACUAUAGAGCAUGUCAGUCGAGAAGAGACUUGCUCCAUUCAUUCAGACCCACAACACUGGGGUAAUCCAAUUUCUCUGGCAAUUCUCCAACAAUUAAAUUGAUCAGCUGGUCUAGAGGCACUCUGAUUGAGACAUGGAGGGUAACAGGAAGAGGAUCAUUAAUCUUUUGACUAUGAUAAGUGGCGUGUGGCCAGGCAGAUGCUGAGGGGGAAGCAGUCUAAUGCUCAACAGAACUAUAGGGAGGGUUACUGUAUAGGGUGGUGGCAGUGUGUGUUGUCUGGAGGGUGGUGGGCUAAGUGGUGACUCACUCUAGCAAUAAGCAAGAGACUUUGGAGGUAUCUCAGGCUGUCACACAAAUCAAUUAGUCUAGGUCUGGAAUAUGGUCCAAAAAUCAAGCACCGUAUAUCAAUUAAGAUAUAUAUCGAUAUGGACUGUUCAGCAUUUCCUUUUAGUGAAGAGUUAUCACAUAUUUUGAAUGUUUACUUUUCCCCUAUUCAAGGAUACCAAUAAUGUUAAUUGUUUUGGUAAAUGUAUGAUUUCCCCAUAAAUGUACAUUUGCAAAUGUCUGAGGUAUCAAGCAAGUGUUUUGAAUGAUCACUUGUCACACACCCUCAAUAGUGAGACCAAAGGAUACUGGAUGAAAUGCAUGGUAUGAAACAGGAGUAAACUCAACAAUUACCGUGGUUUUUUAAGGUGGUGUCAAGUCUUCAAACAAACACCUACAUGACACAUUCCAACAGAUAAUAUGGCACGUUACGUAAUGUUGACUUUUGUUUCUGUUGCAGUUCAGCGGAAGAACAAAACAAUGACAGACUAUGGUUUUGAGAGGGAGUUUGUGGAUGCUCAUAAUGACUAUCGCAAGAAGCAUAGUGCCCCGCCCCUAGCGCUGAGCAGAGACCUAUGUAACUCCGCCCAGAAAUGGGCAGAUCAUCUUCUGUCAAUGAAAAGCCUGAAGCACAGCUCCACCAAUCACGGAGAAAACCUUUACUAUGCAUACAGCUCCACCCCCAAAAAACCUGAUGGGAAGGCCGCAGUGGACAGUUGGUACAGUGAAAUCAAAGAUUACCACUUCAAUAAGCCUGGGUUCAGCUCCGGUACAGGCCACUUCACCCAGGUUGUUUGGAAGGACUCCAUCGAGGUAGGGGUGGGCCUGGCCACAGAUGGGAACAUUUCCUUUGUAGUGGGCCAGUACCACCCAGCUGGCAACAUGAGCAACGCGGGCUACUUUGAGAAUAAUGUCCUACCACCGGGUAGCUCCACCUCUAGCACCCCCAAAUGUGCCCCCACAGCCAGAGGAGGUGGGGGCCUGAGUGUACCCCAGUCUGAAACUGCCAGAUCCUCUUCACCUGCAUAUAAGGCUCCUCAUCAUGCGAACAGCACUGACCUGGCCCAGUUCCACAGAGACUUCCUACGGGCGUGUAACAAACAGCGGGAGGCACACGGGGCCCCAGCCCUCACCCUGGACCCAGCCCUGAGUCAGGGGGCGCAGGCAUGGGCAGAGACCCUACUGGGAGAGAAGGUGUUGAAGAACUCAUCCUCCCCCCACGGUGAAAACAUCUGGGCCAAGACGGGGUCAGCGGGCAUCACUGCUACAGGUCAAGAGGUGGUGGACAUCUGGUACAAACAAGAGGAGAAGUAUGACUUCUCCAAACCAGGACAUCAGGACAAAACAGGGCAGUUCACACAACUGGUGUGGCGUAGCUCCAAGGAGGUGGGCGUCGGGCUGGCAAACAGUGGCACGGGGAUGCUCAUCGUGGUGGCACACUUUGAACCGUCUGGCAACAUCACCAACCCUGGUUACUACGCCCAGAAUGUGAUGCCAAAAGGGUCAAAAGUUACCGAUAAGCCAGUAGAGGUCAUCACUUUGAAAAUGCAGGUGUUGGCCGUGAACUCGCUGUCAGCCAAUGAGCUUGGCCAGUUCGGCCAGGCUCUUCUGAAGUCUCUGAACCAAUACCGGAGCCAGCACGGGGCGGGACCUCUGGUGCUAAGCCCUGCCCUCACUAGGGAGGCCCAGGAUUGGGCGGCUCACCUGGUGAGCCGCAACACGCUGAUGAACAGCGGCAAAGGCCACGGGGAGAACAUCUUCUGCUGCUCUGGCUCCAGCACAGUGGCCCCUACUGGAUCAGAUGUGGCCGAGUCUUGGUACAAGGAGAUUGAGAAGUAUAACUUCUCUUCCCCUGGUUUUCAGAGUGGAGCAGGUAAUUUCACUCAAAUGGUCUGGAAGUCCUCAAAGCAAGUGGGUGUGGGUUUGGCGACCAGUGGGCAGGGCACAUUUAUUGCCGUGGCGUUCUACGACCCAGCGGGCAACAUCACCAACCCAGGCUAUUUCCAUGACAACGUGAAAACCAAAGGAAGCAGGUUUUAGUCUGAGUCAUAUAUGUAGUAUGUAUGCCGGCGCUACCAAAGGUUCCUAUAGGAAUGGGGUGCUUAUCUGGGUAAACAGGUUGUUGCUAUAAUUUGUCCUCUUUUGGUAGGCUUUUGUCUUCCAUCAGAUGGCGCUAUUUUAACGCGACACGCAGUUGCCAGGAGCAAUCAGUGCAGAUGGCCGUUUCGCGCUUACGCAAGACAAACUUGACCUUAACUUUUAUCUCAAAUCAUACCCUUAGAUUGUUCUUUUCUAGCUAACAACAUUACAUUUGGGGGAAAAAAAUGGCUUUUAUGUUGUCUUAAUAGGAAAUAAUUUUAAUGGUUAUUUUUUCAUAAUUGCUGGUUUUAUAAAUGUUUGAGUAACAAGAAGGAAAUAAGUAAUAUAAAAAGUAACUGUCCAGUGAAAAUCUCACUUUUAUAAGUUCAUAUUCUGUUACCUCAUGUUAUUUGGGUAUGAACUCGUCCUAUACUCGUAUUUGUGGCCAAAUCAUAAA